AGCGUAGAAGGAGGCGCUCCUGUGGCAAAACACUUCAAGCAGAGUUUUCUACUUAGGCUUUUCUGCCACAGGAGACACUGGCGCUCGUUUGGUAAAUAGAAGCAACGCAGUAGUCUGUAGGACCCUUUUUGUACUUUAGAACGCCUUUUAAGGAUUUCUGAGCAAGAGUAUUCGCUUUUAAAAGAAUAUAUUUUACGACUGGCACGCUUUUGUUUUUUAAACUUGGGCAGCACGUUUACAACUAAUGGCAAAGUAAGCUAUCUCAGAAAGAAAACCUACCGUGAUAUGAUUCUACUUCUCAUCCUGUGACGACCCAUACUUUAAAAUGAAUUUAACAAUCCGUGGCACUACAGCAACCCCCCGGAGAGAGUCAAAGGCACAGGGCUGGCAGGCAAAUUCCAGAGCAAGUCGUGGCCCUCGACCAAAUGAUGUACCUGAAUUACAUUUUGGAAAGCUUGGUGAUUCAGAGGAUGAGGAUGUUGUGUAUGAACCUCUCAGCAAAAGCCCUCUUCGCUUGGGGCCUCCAGAUUCCUCCUCCACUGUAAGCUGGGGCUCCCCGAUUUCCAAAACUCCUCUUACUUUUCAAAAUCAUCAGCCUCCUCCCUGGGAAGAAAAGACAAUUCCAGAAAAUUUGCCUGCACCUUCAGAGAGGUACAAAGACAAAUAUAAAGCAUAUGCAACCGAAAUGAAAAUGAACUAUAAACAGCAUUCACAGAGAGCUAAAGGCCAAAAUGACACACAGCCUGAGCCGGUCUCUCAACCAGAGCAGGGUUUUGUGGCUGGGGAAUGUAAAAUUCUGCCUGUUGAUGAUAAAGCCUUUCUGCAGCAGUGCUACACCAGUCCAUCCAACACCUUCCAGCAGAACAUGAGAAAGCUUGAAGCAGAAGAAUUAGCAGCAGAGAAACGCAAGCAAGCAGUUGUGGAGCAGAUCAUGAUUGAUCAAUUAUCAAGAGCUGUCAUCAGUGAUCCUGAACAGAACGUCACAUUAACUGGGCAGGUUGCACUAUCCACAACUGGGUCAGCACCCUUACGUUUUAAAAACAGAUCUCUGCAUGACACCAAAGUGAGAACAACUUCAGCUUUAACAGAAAGUUUGUUAUCAAACAAGUUGAGAUUUGAUGCCAGAAUCUUAUCAAGAAAUGGUCGUGAUGCUUGUAGAGAGCUUCUUGGAUUCUUUUUUGCCCAUGAUGGAUCUUUAACUAUAUAUGAAUAUCGGCAUUUUGGAAAAAAUAGGUCUAAUGCUCUUCCAUUUAUUAAAAAGGGAGUUUAUAGUCACCAGCAUGGAAGGAAAAAAGGAGCCCAAUAUCAAAUUCAUGAUUUCAAUGUUGGAAGUAACCUUACCUUUGCAACUACUGACCAAAAUCUGCCUGAAAGCAUCAAACAGAAGGCAACACUAACAGUCAGGAUUACAGGCUUGGAUGAAGUGGCUAAAAAUACAUUGCUAGCACAUUUUCCAGUCAAGAAUCAAGUUCUUAAAAAACAAGAAGUAGAAGACCAAAGGGUUCUCAGGAUGGUUCAAGGUCUGAUAAAAGAAAAGAUGGGUAACAGAGGGGUUCGGACAAUAACUGGACUUGGCAAAUACUUUAGAAAUCUGGAGAAAUCUGGUAAUGGCGUUUUACAAAAGGCAGAGCUUCAGCUUGCACUCAAGACAUUUCAUCUGGACAUUCCUAAUAAGGAGUUUGAAGGUGUUUGGCUAAUAUUGGAUGAAAAUGAAGAUGGCCAGCUAGAUUAUGGAGAGUUUAUUCGAGGAAUUGUUGGAGAGAUGAGUGAAUAUCGCAAGUCUUUUGUAAGAAAAGCUUACGUGAAGUUGGACCCAAACAAGACAGGUUCUAUUUCUAUCACUGACAUUAAUAAAUUUUAUUGUGUUAAAGGGCAUCCAAAAGUCAUAUCUGGUGAUGUCACUGAAGAACAACUAAGAGCUGCCUUUAUUACCACAUUACAAGAAGUCUGCAAAGACAAGAGUGAAAUUUCAUACUCGGAAUUUGAAGACUUUUAUGAAGGAUUAAGUAUUGAAAUAACCGAAGAUGAAGAUUUCAUUAAUAUUUUAAAGCAUUCUUGGGGUAUAUAACAAAGUGCAAGAGGGAAUAACUGCAAAGGGAAGAUGUGCUGUUAGCAUAAUCAAAUCAGAUCAUUGCAUUUGUGAUAGAAGUAGUAUUUUCCAUUAUAUGUGUUGCAUUUUUAUAUAAUGAAGAGUCAAUCAUGAGGAAACAUCUACUGUCCUUCACGCACUUCAUUUUUACUUACAAUAAAGAAAUAACAAAUAAUAAGUUUAAGAAAAAAAAAAACUAUUCAAAAAUCAUAUUUCUGCUAUCUAAAUUCAGCACCUUCAAUAGGUUUUCGUUUCGAACUGGGAAUCUGUGAAAGAGCUUACUGACAUUGUAAGAAUUACUGAAAGUGCAGAAUUUCACUGAUAUAAUUUAUUUCUGUUUUUUUUUUAUCAAUUUAACAUACUUUUCUAGUAUUUUGUUUUAUCAUGUGCAUAUUAAUAAUUUCAUUUUAAAUAUUUUAAAUUGUUUUUGAUAUACUCUUUCUUGUCUGUGAAUGUCCCUGCCUGAGUACAGUGAGCGUAGUACCACCAUUAUCAAAAUAAAAUAAUUAUCUUGUUACAGUG